AAUGGUAUAAAUAUCUGCCUUUUCCUUAGCUGAUUUAGGCUUCCAAAAGAUCCUCCAUAAAACAUUUGCAACCAUGAAGUUUGUCACUCUGGUUUGUCUGUUGAUUUUCACCAUAGUAACUGAGUCAAGACACCUACAGAAGCGAGAUCAUGAACAUCAUCAUCGGCAUAUUGACGAUAUCGUAAAGCAAGUAGGAAAAUCAACUGUUGAAAAGUUAUUGUUGGUGAUGUUGGCACAGAAUUUCCAACAAUGCGCUCUGGACGAACAGCUAAAACUCCGAGCAAAAAUUUUGGAGGUUGUUGAUCACUGCAUAGAGCAUCCAGAAGAAGCUGAUUGUAAAAAACCAGGGAUGACAUUGUAUCAUGACAUAGUUUGCAAAGAGGCAGAAGUAGAGGAGCUUUACCCCUGGACUAAAGAGUGUUGUCCCAAAGAGGAGUCAGAAAGGAACAAGUGUUUUAUGGAACAUAGCGAUGCUAAAAUUGAGGAAUAUAAGAUACCAAAUAUUGACGAAGCCUGCAAAGAACACACAGAGCAUCCAGCAUAUGCUUUUUCCUACUACCUCUCUAAUAUCGCUAAAAGACAUCCAAAACUCUAUCCACCAGCUGUUCUGGGCUUUGCUAUUCAAUACAAUCAAAUCACCACGGAAUGUUGUGCAGCAGAAGACAAGCCCAAAUGCUUUUCUGAACGGCUUUAGGACAAUUUCAUUUUUGUCAAGAAAUUAACAAACUAUAUUGAAAAUACACAUAAACAGAAAUGCCGUAUUCUUGCAUCCUUUCCAGAAAGAGUUUUUCAGGCACUAGUACUAGUUCAAGUCGCCCAAAGGUUUGGUAAAGCUGAUUUUCAAAGUGUGGAAAAAUUGACUUUGGAGAUUGUACAUUUUACCAAAGACUGCUGCAAAGGUGAUUCCGUGGAAUGUAUGCUAGAAAGGAUGGAAGUGACAGAUCAUAUAUGUAAAGAUAAGGACAAACUCUCAAGCCACCUAGCCGCUUGUUGUGAUAAAACUCUUCUAGAACGAACACCCUGUGUACUUGCCCUGCCAAAUGAGGACUCUGACUUGCCCAAAGAAAUGAAAGAAUAUUAUGAAGGGGAACAUGUUUGUGAGGACUAUCAGAAAGACAAGACAAAUUACCUAGCUCACUUUGCAUAUGAAUAUGCCAGAAGACACCAAGAAUCAUCCCCUCAGUCCGCUCUACGAGUUGCUAAAGGAUAUGAAGGGCUGCUGGAAAAGUGCUGUUCUGCUGAAAACCACGCUGAGUGUCUAAAGCAAGCGCCAAUCUUGUUAGAAGCUGCGCUGAAGGGAAAUGAAGAGUUAAUUAAUCAGAACUGUGGUGGCUUGAAGGCACUCGGUUUUAAAGAUUAUUAUAUCCAGCUGCUUAUUCGAUACUUUGCAAAGAUGCCUCAGGUAACAUCCCCAACACUUGUGGAAUUAACAGGUAAAAUGGCCAAGAGUGGAGAAUACUGCUGUGCGUUGCCUGAAAACAAGGUGCAAGUCUGUGCUGAAGAAAAGCUGGAUCUGCUUUUGGGAGAUAUGUGUGAAAGGGAAAAGCAAACAUUCGUAAACGACAAUGUUCACCAUUGUUGCGUCGACUCAUAUGCUGAUAGAAGACCAUGCUUCACCAAACUUGGUCCUUAUGCUAAUUAUGUAGCACCAGCAUGGGAUGUAACUAAGCUCCACUUUACUCCUGACUUAUGUGAAGGUUCAGCAGAACAACAGCAACAGAAGAAACUGGUAUUGUUGAUUGAGUACAUGAAAAUGAAACCUAACUGUGGGAAUGAAAAAGUCAAAGAGCUUGUUGAAGCCUUUAGAACAAUUGUAGAAAAAUGCUGUGCAGCAGAGGACCGCCAGGCAUGCUAUGAUCAUGAGGUAUGUUAUGGGACUGCUGUGCAAUGUGUAUAAGGCCAGCCACAGCAGAGCAUGUGCUU